GCUUCCCCACUAUAGAUGCAGAGGUCAGUAACAUCUUGGAUGCUGCAAGGGAACUUGGUGGGGAAGGCUUUUCUGACAUGAUUGAGGAAGAUGUGGAGGAACAUAUAGAAGAACAUGCAGAAACCCUUACCAAUGAGGAACUGGAAGAUCUUCUGAAAUCCUCUACAGAUGAGAAUGAAGAUGCUGAUGAUAAUGGAGAAAGUUUAGAGGAGGCUCAGCCAUCAUCUUGGACACUUGAAAAAUUUGCUGCAGUUUUUCAACAAGCUCAAGUGUUAAAGGAUAUGAUCCUUGAGUAUGAUCCUUCUAUGGAAAGAAGCCUCCAUGUCACCUGAGGGAUAACAACAUGUCUACAAACACUGCAAAAUUUAUUUGAUGAUGAAAAGAGAAAGAAGAAACACCUUCCUAUAACGGUGGCCCUUAUCAGAUGAGUGUGGAACUGGGGGUUUUGCGCACUGGGUGGUUCGAAUUCGCGUUAUUUCGCAAAGUACCAUCAUAUCUGGGCAAUCUUCCGCAUUGACAGGCUGCGGACUCAUUUCGAAUCACCCGUUGCGAAUUCGCGGAAAGUGCGCUGAGUGCAGAAUGUACUGCCAGAUCGGACCUUAACAUGUAGAUUGGCCGGUUCGAAUUGGUACCCUCGCGCAUGAAUGUUGAUGCUCUACUCGGGUCGCGACCUUAUACUCUUCCGGGGUGAGAAAGGAGGUCACUUCCCUUUCCUGUUUCUCGCGCGCAUUUCCAUUGCCCAGCGGGAACAGAGCGAUACAACGUGCGAGUCACCGCUGCCUCUACCGUUCUGCUUCUCUCCAUUUCCUUUGCCUUUGGUAGGAAGGAGCAAUGCCCGGGACUCCCGCCAUGGAGGCUCUCCGGCUCAUGCUCUCUGUGCUAUGCCAGCUGAUUUCUAGGUACCAGCAGCUGCAGGAUAGAAGGAGGGCAAGGCGCAGGAUAUGGUUUAGGUUCCUGACAACGUGGAUGCGAGCCAGGGGAGUCGGUGAUUUCACUACUAGGCAAGUUUUCAGACUCCUGAUGCAGGGAGAUGCGGAUCGGGUCCUGGCUUUUGUGGCAACAAUGCCGGCACCUCGGCGCUACUGGAUCCGCCCGAAGAUGAAGGGUAGCUGGUGGAAUGAGGAGUUGCUCCACAUGUGGGACGACGAAAUGUGGAUGCAGCACUUCAGGAUGCCCAGAGGCACCAUCUUCCGCCUGGCUGAUAUCCUACGGCCCCAUAUUGCUGCGAUGGACACCGUGAUGAGGAGGGCCAUCACUGUGGAGGAGAGGGUCGCCAUCACAAUUUGGUGGCUGUCUGGCCCACUCACGUAUCAGAAUGUAGCCCACCAGUUCCAGAUUGGGAGCUCCACAGCGUCUGUGAUCUGCAUCCAGGUGUGCGAGGCCAUUGUGAAGGUGCUUCUCCGGAAAGUGGUACGGCUGGAGAAUCAUCAUCGGAUCAUGGAAGGAUUCGAGCAGUUAGGCUUUCCUAACUGUGUGGGGGCAGUGGACGGGACACAUAUCCUUAUACGCCCACCGCGAGGAAAGGCUGAAGAAUACUAUAACCGCAAAUAUGGGUUCUCCAUUGUCAUGCAGGGAACUACUGACCACACCGGAAGAUUCAUUAACAUAGAGGCGGGGUUUUCUGGGAGACAUCACGACGCAUACAUUUUUCGCCAAACGGGAAUCUUCAAAGCGAUGGAAGUGCAGAUGUUUGUGCCGGGAAAUCCCAGUAUUACGGUUCUAGGAGUUCAGGUGCCACCACUGUUAGUAGGUGAUGGUGCAUACCCCAUCCGUAAGUGGCUCAUGAAACCUUACCGGGGGGGCAACAUCACUCCAGCACAAAAUAAAUUCAAUGCCGCUCUAUCCCGUGCACGAUGUGUGGUGGAGAGAGCCUUUGGGAGGCUUAAAAAUCGAUGGGGGUGCUUACUUGGGCGCCUCACUGUGGGGGAGCCCAACUUUGCUACUGUUGUGAGUGCCUGCGCAGUGCUUCACAACAUAUGUGAGACUAGGGGGGCAUGCCUGAAUGACAUUGAUGCUGUCAGGGACAUUGGGGUGGUUGCUCUCCCUGAGCUCCUGAAUGUUGACCAAGGACGUUGCCGGAGGGAAGGGAAAGAUGUAAGAACAGCUUUAACCAGGUGGUUUCAGCAGCAACGUUGAGGGGGUGGAGAUCGGUCCCAUCCAUGUUCUUAACCUACUGUUGUUAUAAUAAUAAUAAAA